AUGAAGCCGUGGUUCCUGCGCGGUAAGGUAAUUCACGGCUUUGGCCGUGGCGGGACGCAGCUCGGGUACCCUACAGCGAACUUGGAGCUCAGCGAGCCGGCCAUCGACUUCCUGAAGCCGUACGAUAACUUCGUGUUCUGGGGAUGGGGUUGUGUGGAGGCGGCAGCGCCGAGCACGGAGGAGCCCCGCAAUGGGGAUUUGUCCCUCGCCCCGCUUGGACCUUUUCCGUUUGUGAUGUCCGUUGGCAACAACCCGCAGUUUAAGAACGUGGAUGUCAGUGCGGAGGUGCACUUCCUGCACAAGUUUGAUGGUGACUUCUACGGCUGUGUAGUGCGCAUCCUCACGCUUGAGGCAAUUCGCUCGCAAUCCGCGUUUACGACACUAGAGGAGCUCAUCAAGUCGAUAGACGGCGAUGUGAUGUUUGCUGGGGAGCACUUGAAGAUGCCAGAGUGGGCACCGUAUGAACAGCACGACAUGGUGAACCCUGCCUGCGUGCCGGCUCAGCUGAACGGCGCACCUCAGUUACCCUCCUUCGGCUUCCUUGAACUGUAG